AUUAGUACGUCCCGUCCACAUGUACUUGAAAAAUGUGGUUUCUUUAUAUUCUAUUAGACAAUUAAUUAGCAUGAAAAAGCUUUCUGUCAGGUUGUAAUGGUAAAUAACACCUGUAAAUCACAUGUAUAUCUGACUGGUGCGAUUUUCACUUUUGUUACUUUUAUAUGGCUUUGCACUAACUUAUUUUAUCACCAUAGUUAUUGUAAGCUAAAGGCCGUAAGAUACAGUACACCGGGCAAUAUUUUUGCCCGUAGUUUUGGAUUUAAGUUGCAUGUUUUACCAUUUGAAAAUGUCCAGAAAAAAGCUUAACUUUCAUAUUUUCUUACCACUAAGCGAAUAAUUAUGCUAUGUACAAGUCCGCCUCUGACCUUAGUUACGCGCCACUUAGUUCGUCCUGCCUAGUAUGAUCUACCACAAAGUGACACAUAGGGCCUAAUGAUAUUCGUGGCUCAAGUCUUAUCUCGUAUAUUGUAUUCACCCAAGCCUUUAUUUGCCCGUAAACAUUUAUAACGCCUCCACUACUGUCAGUAACUGCUCUGUGGUGUGCCUUCUACGUGUAGCACACGUGCCUUUCUUUCUUUUCUAAAGUAUAUAGGCCUAUCAGAUAUGCAUCUGUACUUCUGGAUUAAGGAUUUUGGAGAUAAUCUGAAGGUAUAUUUGUCCCGCGUUUAAAUGUAAAGUUCACUCCAAAUCAUAUUUUGUGAAUGUUUCCUCUUCAUCGUUCCGUUGGGAGCAAUGCUGAGGAGAAUUGAUGCGCUUUCUUCUCGUUAACAAAAAUCGUCUACUUUGUUCUUGGAUUUUCGAAACUUCAAUCACUGGAGAGGUUAGAUCAUGUGACUAUACUAUUGUGAAAAUGGCGCUGCCCUACUUGGCAUGGCCGGCUGUUGCAGUGAUGUAUAUUUUAUUUGAAGUUCAUUAUUUUCUCCACAGCAUUGCGAUUACAAUAUUGACAAUGUUGCAAACAAAGAAGCAUCCGCUUGAAGAGAGCGUUUACUACAGCAUUUGCUCAACAACAGACUUGGAUCUACAAAUACACAUGAAUAAUGCACGUUAUCUACGAGAAUGCGACUUUGCACGGUUCAAGUUUUGGUGUCAGUGUGGCAUGCCAAGGGCUUCCAGAGCACAAAAUGCAAAAAUAUUAUUAGGAGGAGCCACAAUUAGAUACAGGAGACCACUUCAGCUCUUUGAUACCUUCAGGAUAAAAUCCAAGAUUUUAUGGUGGGAUGAAAAAGCUUUUAUAUUGGAGCAGAAAAUUGAGAGGACACAAGAUGACUUUGUUUGUGCCAUAAUGCUAGCGAAACAAUCAGUGGUAAACUCAACACCAGAAAAGUUACUAAGAGAGAUAGUUGGGGAGGAGAUUCAGAGGCCAGAAUGUCCACCAGAUGUACAGAAAUGGAUAGAAUGUAAUGAAAUUUCUAGUAGAAAUUUACGGAAAAUAGAUUGAAAUGUUGAUUAGGUUAUGUGGUGGCU